CUUGGCUGCCUGAAUGGAGCUUGGAUGCUUAUAUGUUUGUGUGAAAUUUCGUCUUAGUAUGACUGCGCACGAGUCUGCACUAAAUGAAUAGCAAAGGACAAAACAACUGGUCACUAACUUGUUUAGUGGGUAAGAAAACCUACGUUAAAAUAUUUAACACAAAAAUCUGGUUUUGAAUGGAACUAACUGUGUAUCUAUGUUUUUUAAAUAUUCCACCAGGUGUCACAGGAUCCAUUAAUCUGUUUCUAUGGAGUUUCAGAAGCUCACUCAUUUAGAUCCUAGUUAUUGAAAUGCUGUACUCAUCGUGACUUCAUAAGGACAGGCAAAAUUCGUAAUACCUGUUGUUACUUGCAUUUUUUGCUAACAUAUUGAUUUAAAAAAAUAAUGAGCUGUUCUGAAUACAGCUGUCUUCAAACAUUUGCGUGGAUUCUUUUCACACAUUUGUGGUAUCGUCACUGCCUAUAUUUAUAUACUUAAAGGCAGGGUUCAAUUACACCAACCAGUAAAUCCUGUGGGACUUCUUUUAAGGACGAUGUAAUGAAUAUCAUCACGUUGUUGAAAACUGGAGACUAUAUUGAAGAUGGAUGACAUUAAUUCAUACAGUCAACUGAAUUCUCAUAACCUUAUAAAAUACCCAGACAUAUUAUCCUGAUUUUUAGUUUCAAAAUUACUUUGUACAUUUAUUUUAUGAAUUCUUUCUUCUUGAAUCAUAUUCCACAUACCUAGUCUUUUUUACUACCACCGAUAAAACUGCUAAUAUUUAGGUAGUCACUUUCAUAAUUUCUUCUUUUUGUACUAAUAUUAUGUGGCAAAUUGAACCGAUUCACAUAUGUCCCAUGUUUUACGUUACUUAUGACUAACGGACUGGUAAAAUACUGCUGUGCUGUUUUUAGGAAAAUAAUUACUUAAUUACGGUUAGUCUCAAGAUUUACCUUCUAUGAAUUGAAAGUCGCACAUGUCUCUGAAUGAUAUUCAAGUAGUGUCCAUAAAAGUGUAUGAGCAAGCCUUUUUCAUAACAUUUUUGUGGACAUAUCUUAUAAGCUCUGGCUUGUUAUUCCUGCAUUAUAUACUAUGCUCAAAUGUUUUAUGUAUACAUUAAUUCUGGGAAUCAAGACAGUUAUCCCAUUUUCCUAAAUUGCAUGACUGUUCAUAAUUGUUAUGUACCGUUCUUUCAUUUCGAUUAGUUUAAAACGUUGAAUUUGUCAUCAACUAUGAGUGCAAAUAUUGAAAAGAUAUUUCUUAAUGUAAUGACGUCACGGCCUUUAUAUCAAUGGGCUGAUUUCGAAAAAUCACUAUUUUAUGCUCAAGAGGUUACGCGUAUUACUUAUGUGAAGGGCGAUUUCGAAAAAAUGCACACUGAUAAAGGGACACGGUAUAAGUACAUUAAUUACAAAUGUUCUCAUUCAACUGGACCACCAAACUCUCCGAAUAUGAACAAUACCAAUGGUGUUAAUGAAGGAUGUACUGCAGCAUUCCAAGUUCGAUGGGUUGAUAAUUGUUAUGUAGUUACCUUUAUAAAUCAGGAACAUAAUCAUAGUCACUCUUCAAAUAAUCGAGCGAAGAAAGCACCAGAAAAUAAAAGAAGACAUAUCGAUGCAUCGAAUGGAAAGAAAAACCAAGGAAAUAAUCAAAGUUUUAAUCAUCCAAUAGUUAUAUCAAGUAUUCGAGACCAAAUAGCUCAAAGUAGUGAAACUUUGGACCAGGUUCUAUCGAUUAUCAAUCGGAAUUCAUAUGUUGGAAUUGAAAGAAAUUCUUCGGAUCAAGUAACACAAAUUACAUUAGCACGUUACGAACAAGUUGACGUAUAUCGUCAAUAUCCAGAAGUAGUACUUUUAAACGCUGCUUACGAUGUGAAUUCAACGGGAUUUUCAUUAUUUCAAUUUGUUGUGACUGACGGUUUUGGUUGUCCUAGACCAAUUAUGUAUUCAAUAAGCACUAUCCAACAAAAAGAAGAGAUAAAAAUUCUAUUAAAUCAUUUUUGCGGUAUUGUUGGCAGCGUUGAUAACACUCGCACAUUUAUAAUGGAUUGUGCUAUAGUUCAGUUGGAUGUUGUACAAAAAAUGUUUCCGAAAACCAGAAUCUUACUGAAUCCUUUCAUUAUUAAAGAAUCAUUUACAAGAAAAUGCGAUAGUCUCACAGCUGUUGCAGUUUUUCACGCAAUGAUUACUACAGUAUCUCCUUUACAAUUUGAUUAUUACCUGGAGAGAUUAAAAAAUACGAGUAUUAAUGCAUAUAAUUACGUGGUGAAUACAUGGAUUCCUACAAAGAAAAUGUGGGCAGCUUCAUAUUGUCUGGAUGCUGUAACUCUUGGCGCCAGUACUGCUGAAAUCAUUAAAGGUGUAAAUUUCAGCUUUAAAGAACCACUGAAAAAGCUUACUUCUGUUAAAGAAAUUAUGACUAUAAUAUAUAAUGAAGCUGGAAAGCAAUGGGUUUAUCCUAGUAUCAGUAUUAUCUCAUCAUCAUCGUUGUCAUUCCCUGGAAAUUCUACUAAUAAUCUAAAUAAUAACAAUAAUUUAUCAGAGAAAUUUAAAUAUAUUUUAGAAAAAUUAACUGAUUAUGCAGCAGAAAUGGUCUACAAACGUUUAACUAAAGUUGAUAAAGUCAAUAUAGAUUUCACCAAUGAACAAUUAGCUUUAUGCGCAGAUUCUUCAUUUGUAUACGAAGUUGAUCGUGACAAUGCUACAUGUUCUUGUUCAUUCAAUAUAUCAUCAUUUCUUCCUUGUGAACAUUUAUUAAAGGUGUUUAUGGUUCAUGGCCUACAUAAAGACUUACUAUAUCGAAGUAAACGUUGGCUUCAAUGUAACAAUCAAAAUUUAUCUAAACCACCGAUAGUAGUAGUUACUGAAUCAACAAAUCAAUCAAGCAUUUGUUUAGAUUAUAAAAAAGCUGUAACAGAUACAAUUGAAAAAUUAAAAGAUUUUCAAACACAAUAUUCGGAACAAGUUGUACUAGAAACAGCUAAACAAAUAACUAUUCUAUUAGAAUCAGUAUUACCAAAGUCAUCUAUAAUUUUAUUAAAUAAUAAAUAGUGAAUUUUUCUUGAUUAGGCGAACAGUUCAAUGGUUCUAUUUCAACAUAAAAUUUCUUGUAUAUAUAUCUAUCUAUAUUGAUUUAGUUAUGAAUAGGAUGAAAUACAAUAAUGUACAGCAGAUCAGUUUUUAUCCCAUUAUACAAAAUUCACAGAUUCUACAGAGAUGUAUUCAACAUUUAAGAUAAUAUUCUUCUAUAUAAAUAUUUUUAUCUAACUUGAAUAAAACUUGACAAACAGCUGUUGAAUGGAUAAAAAAAGCCUGUUCAUUUUUGUUGUUAUCGCUGUUUGUGUUGUUAGUUCUCAAACUGUGUCCACUUAUAAUCCAACUUCCUGCAACAUUUUUAUAUAUCUACUAAAUUGUUUUAUCAAAAUUCAUAUUGAUUUUCUCAAUAUAAUAUUUUAGAUAUUGU